AAUGGGCAACCAAAUGAGCGUCCCGCUGAGAACUGAAGUCCAGGAGAGGGAACCAGAAGCAGACACUUACAAGGUGAUGGCAGACAAUGAGCGUGUUCAGAAUGGGAACCCAGCGAUGGUGUCCACCCAGGUGGUUCAACGGUAUGAUGAAGUCGAUUUGGGAAUAAGCAUCCCCAAGGAUAACACCGCCACUUCUUCCCCCAAGACAAUGAAGGCCCAAGCUGUGGCCAAUGCCAGCGGAAAGAAUCUUGGGAAAGAAGCCAAGCCCGAGGCACCAGCUGCUAGAUCGAGUUUUUUCUUGACACUCUCUCGGCCUGUACCAGGACGUCCCGGGGACCAAGGCACGGAUUCAUCGGCUGCAUCGGGCAAGCUUGAUGUCAGGCCCGGCACAGCGCCUGCGAACAAAGACCCAAGUGAGCACGGGGCACUUCCGGUGGCAGCUGCGCCAGGGCCGGCUGCAGAUAAAGCGCCAGGGUGCACUGAGGCCAAGCAGCCGGCCUUCCCUGCCACCUGCUCACCCGCACCUUCACCACCUGAGUCCAGCGCAGACGGCACCUCCAAGCCCAAGGACUUCAGCUUCUUCGACAGACUAUUUAAACUAGACAGAGGCAGAGAAAGUGCACCAGUUGGCCGCCAGCCUGAAGAAGCCACCAGGGUGAGAGACCCAGACCAGGCCGAGGAGGCUCCUGCUUUCACAAGGAAUCCCCAUGGUGACCCUGCUGGAGAGGACAUAGUCAACAGCGAGGGGAGAGGACAAGAAGUUGACACUCUGAGUUAUUCUGUCCCUGGGGAUCCAGAGGUGCUGGGGACCAACAAGGAGGACCCCCAGGUGGUAGAAACCACAGAGAAUACUAACUCCAUCAUGAGCUUCUUCAAGACCCUCGUUUCACCGAACAAAACUGAAACAAAAAAGGAUCCAGAAGACACGGAUGCUGAAAAUUCACCUGCUACUUCAACCAGUCUCAAGUCUGAUCAAGCCAGCUUCACAGCCCAGGAGACCCAAGGGGCGACCAAGAGCUCGAAAGGCUGCAGCCCGCCAAGUCAUGUGACACCCGCAACAGCCAGCGACACAGCAAAAGAAGGAAGCAAGGAAAAGUCGGGGCCCAGCUCAUUGCCCCUGGGAAAGCUGUUUUGGAAGAAGUCAGUUAAGGAGGAUUCACUUUCUACAGGUGCAGAGGAGAAUGCGGCGUGUGAGCCACCCGUGGAGGCUGUGAGGUUUGAGGAAGUAGAGCCGGCUUUACAAACUGUGGAUCUCAAUGAAGGAGAGGCCGGGCCUGAACCCACAGAUGUAAAAGUUAAGGAAGAAAACAAACCCCGGAGGACCCCUCUGAUGGCAUUUCUCAGACAAAUGUCAGUGAAAGGGGAUGGAGGGACCACCCGCUCAGAAGAAAGUAAUGGGAAAGACUCCACUUGCCAAACAUCGAACUCCGCGGAGAAGACACCCUCACCCCCAGAACCAGAGCCCGCAGGGAUAGCCCAGAAAAGCAAGGAGAACCCCUCCAAGGACAAGAAGUUGAUGGACAAGAAGUCUGUGACAGAGACCAACAAGCAGAAGAGCAGCAAACAGGAAACCAGAGAACCCGGGCAGUGCGUGCAACAGCCCGUGGUGGAGGCAAACUCGCUGCAGAAUGGGGACAAGACCCCGAAGAGGUCCGAGAAGCGGCGACAGUCCCUCGGGGUUUUCCUGAAGGGGCUGGGACCAAAGCGAAUGUUGGAUGCUCAAGUGCAAACGGACCCCGUAUCCAUCGGACCAGUUGGAAAAUCCAAGUAAACAAAUCACUCGGUUCCCACCGGGUCCUCCCCCAAUCCAUCCCCCAUCCAGACUCACUCUGUGUAUAUAUUUGUUUUUCUCCUGGCCAGCCAAUGAAAUUCUGCCUACAACUUCAACCUGUGUUGUUGUAGGUCGAGGUGUAUUAUUUAUAUCUCUGGUCUGGUAUUUCCUAGCAAUAUAACUGUAAAAAUGGGUUAGCAGGUUGACUAGUAGAUCUAGGGAAGCUGGUGAGUGCCCGGAGUGGGAUGGAGGAGGUAGAUAAAGGCAUUUGUGUU